AAAAUUCUAAACAAAAACGAAAGGCUUUAUUUACUAACAAAUUGAGCAAAAACAAAACAUUAAACACCAAAAUAAUAACUAAUACACCAGCAGGACAUGAUAAUAAUUCAUAAAAAACUUUGUAUGCAACAAGAGUGAGUUACUACGACGGCGUAUUAGGGCCAUUUUAGACCAAAAAAAAAAGAAAAAAAAAGUAAAUUUCCGCCUAAAGACUCAGAAAUUUGGAGAUUAAUUUCACAUAUUUUCCAGAAAAAAAUCGGAAAUUUUCUAAUUUUGAAAAGUCACAAAUCUCUUCCUAAAAACUCAGAAGUUUUGAGAUUAAUUUCACAAAUUUUCAAGGGAAAACUCGGAAAAUUUCGGUCGUUCAUAGGUCGCACAUUUGUGAGGAAAUAAAUCAAAUAUUUUCAUGAUUAAAGGCAGAUAUUUUUAACAUUUAAAGUAGGAUAUUUUCCGACAUUGUUAAUUCAGAAAUUUGCAAGAACAAAACUCUGCAAUUUAUUAGAAAAAAACUCUGAAAUUUGCUGAUAUUUUAAAAGCAGAUAUUUCUGACAAAUGAUGCCUGAAGUUCUCUGAGAUUGAAGUAGCAAAUUAACGAGAUGCGCUUCUAGACGUUUCCCAAAGUCUGCGGUCGCUACAUGCGCUCUCUCUUCCUUGAUGAGGUUGACUUCUCUCGGGUGCAGAAUUGACAUUAUCCGCCUCGGACUUAUCAUCGUUUGUGAGGAAGAACCUUCCACAUGGCUGCAUCAAAAACGCGCGGAGUGACCACCGUGUCCGAAUUUCUUCGUGAGCGCAGAGUUCCAGAAGAAGUCAUCAACCGUUUGGAAGAGGAAAAGAUCGACAAAGAUGUCAUUCCUCUUAUGGAAGACGGGGACCUGGCCAAAUAUAUUUCUUCUUAUGGAGAUCGCUUGGCACUGUUGAACUUUUGCAAAGCCCAAAAAACAAUGAAGACACAAAAAAUGGGUCUGUUUGAAAAACUCCGGGCAAAACUUCAGAUGCGAAAGGAAUCUGAUGCAAACAAAACCACAGACAAAGACUCAGUCCCAAAAGCAACAGAAGAAGGGGUACUUCCAGUUCCUAAAAGGAGAAGAGGGAAAGCUAGUCACAGAACAAUUGAAAUUGGUUGGCUGCACUGUGAAAAUGGACAGGUAAAACAUAUCAGGGCAAAAUACGGAGGAGGCACAAGGGCAGUACUUAUUGGAGUACAAUGCGGCAUUGAUACUGUUCUACAAAAAGGCAAAGAAUUAUUUUUCCCAAAUGGAAUAUCAACCAAAGGCCACGAAUCACACUUUAACUUUGAAGUGUGGGAUUACAAACAAAACCCUGUCCAAGACAACCUAACCAUUGGUUUGAUCUAUGACACUCUUUGCAUGUCCAGGCUACGCUUUUACAUAGCUACCUUCCCCAAGAAGGAUGUGGAGGACGAUGGAACCCCGGAUAAUGCUGUCAUAAAAGUCCUUGAAAAUUCUGAGCAGAUUAAUGAUGACGAUCAGGAUGUGUUGUUGUUGGACGAUGUGUAUGUCGUUCAAGUGAGAGAAUGUGAUGCUGGUCAGGAGAGGAACAUUAACUUUCAGGAAGAAAAUGAUUCCCUACCACAAGAGCAAGAUGAUGGUUCCCUUCACAACAUCACAGAAGUUUACUCAAUGGACUACCCUUCAUUAACACAACCUGAUUACCAUGGUGACACAAGUACUAACCUUAUCUAUGAUGAAUUCAAUGCAGUGUUGGACUGCAACAUCUGGAUUAUGGACAUUGUGUAGCUCAUACAUACAUUCAACAAAGGCUACUAAAAAGAGGUGGGUUUGAUGAUCGCUUAAUAGCAAGAUAUUAGAUCACUUGUUUAUCCACAUUUUAUAAACAACUUUGUGUAUUAACAUUUAUAUGUACCCAUUUUUUGCGAUAGACAACAUUUUCUUUCAGCCAAGGAAAAGAUUUCAAUAUUGUUCAUGUUACAAAAAAUAUUUACAUAAUUACUUGAAAUUCCUCAAGGGGUACAGCUUCAUGUUUUUCUUAUAGUUAUACAUCCCUUUCUGUAUAGCAAAAUCAAGCAGCAUGAUUUAUACAUGGAGGUUUAGGCCAUGUAAAGAAGGCUCCAGUUAUGGAGGAUUUAUGUUUUUGGUGUAUACACCCUAUUUGAUAUUUAAUUUGUAUGCAUUUUAAAAAUGUUUAAAAUCUUUAUUUGUAAGUUCAACUGAACUGUUUAUAUUUAGUUUUUUUUUGCUCAUAUGCUCUGCUGAGUAGCACAAGUGCACCUUUAUUUUCUCAGCACAAUUGUUUAAAAAUGUGCUUCAUAUUUUGUUACAAAGGGAAUAUGCAAGUUGUCAUUCAUAUUCAAUAAAUGUUUGAUUACACACAAGAA